GUAUCAACUCACUAGAAGAUUGGUCGAAGCCCUUGUCAGGCUUUGCUAGUCCGGAUCUUAGCGCAGGUUGAGUAAAACCACAUCGAGUGAAAAAUAGCGGUAGAAGUAUCUCUUUCAACGGUCUUGGCACCGAAUACACACCAACCUUGGGCUGUUCAAAAGUUAGGUUGUACUAACCAGGGUGGGUGCCUGGGGAUGGUGAUCCCUUUUAGCCCCGGUUCAACUUCGACAAAUGCUACAUAUUCGGGUUUUGUGAUCUCAAAGGAUCCUCUUUCUUUCUUUUUUGUUAUCUCGAGGCAUCGGGACUCUCAGCCGUAGCUGACUCCUCGAUUUUAUUUUCGCCGGGACAAUGUACGCCCCCGAAACGACAUGGACACGCGCAUUCCUAGCCGUCGCGGUCGUCCAAGCCCUGGUCGCAUCGUCACUUGAAGCAUACGUCCUAAUAGCCGUCGAGCGCUGCUUCGAGCCCGAGGUAAUCCAAGUAGCCCGCGGCCACACGGUCCCCAUGUUCUUCGCCCUCUUCAUCUUCGGCUUUGUCUACCAGCUCUUCCUAGUGUACGACGCGCUGCGCUCGAGCAGCAUGAUUCAGAUCGUCGGCUUGUGUCUGUACAACCUCUGUCUGCUCCUCUACGCCAUCUUCCAGCCCUGGGAGAUCAAGGACGCGCUUGAGUCGCUCGCGAGCAACAGAACGUGGGAUGGCAAGCCGCUGCUAACGCCGGGGACGGAUGCUUGGGGGGAUAGUAAGCCGGCGUUAGUAGCGCUGGCGCUGGUGGUGGCGGUGGCGACGGCUAUGUUCUAUUCUGUAGCGUGGAAGCUGAGGUCGGAGUUUGCUUGGCUGGUUUAUAAGGCUAUUAAUGCGGAUCUGUCUAUGAAAAAGCGGGUUUUGAUCUUACAGUCUUAUGUGGCCUUGCUCAAGUUCGAUAUGUUCUUCUUGCUAGGCUUUUUGGCCCAGAACAUGAUCUACGCUUCUGCCAACAUGGGCAAACCCGAAUUUGGAUUGUCUAUCGGCGCAAUUCUCCUCGUUCUCUUGGUGAUCUGGCUUGCAGUUGUCUGUGCCCUGAGGGAGAACAAGGUCGGCACACUUGUUAUCAUCGUUGCCCAUUUCGCGGCCGCUGGUUUUCUCUGCUACAAGCUUACGAACAUCCCUCGAGCGCUCUUCAUGUUCAGAGCCUUCGCCGCUAUCACACUGGUCAUGACGCUUUGCACCAUCGGAAUGGCGGUGCUCUGUCUAGUCAAUUUUGGUAAAGGAGUGAAGACGUUUACUGAGUCUCAGCAGAGACAAUCCUCGCACAAUCUGCAAGAGACGGACUACGCAUCGCCAUCAUACUUGUACGGUUAUACACCGCGUAGGUCACCGCUUGAUGAUUAGACAAGUAGAGCAACUCUAUCUAUUGUUGUGUUCUACUUGAUGAAAUAGAAUGAGAACUUCCCUUUAACAUUGGGCAGAUGAUGGAGAUCUUGCAAAGUGUAUUUAAUGAUCAAAAAAAAAAAACUCACCGGAUUCAACUACCGAAAUUCCAAAACACAGCUAGAAAAAAAGACAAAAAAGACAUACAGC